AUGAGCGAAAAAGAAAAGGCCUCCCUCGCCUUCCCGGUUACAUGCAUGCUCAUCUCCUUCGCAUUUACCACCUACCUCCACCGCACCUGGAUCUCACAGCAAAUCCGAGCAUGCAAGCGCUUCACCCGACACGCUUCACGCAAAACCAAGCGUCUGGUCAGCUACUGGACGCGAUGGCUACACCAUAUCACAAACAACUGGCUCGGUGAGAUCGCAGCGAGAACCUACAAUAUCCUCAAGCCACCGUGGGACUCUGAUACCAGCUCAAACUCACCUACGAACCUGGACGUUGCUUUCAACUCCGAUACCAGCACCGCCACCAGCGCAAAUCCAUCUCCUCCCUUCUCGCCUUCCCUCACAUCCCGACCAACCUGGAUCCUCGAUUCCAACGGCCAGUACAUACUCAACCAAACCCCCGAACCACUGCCCCGUGCACAAUGGGAAAUUGAACUCGAGGAGCGCAUCCGCAAUGGUCGUGGACCGGGUGCUUGGCUGGAUAGAACUGUUGACUGGGUUGUUCGUCAAGUCGUUGCGGAUCUCGAUGCUGAUAUGCGUGCUGAAAUUGAUCGGUUUCGUGGUGACCGCCGAGGAAUGGUGCAGAUGUAA